AUGAAUUCUUCGAGCAUGAGCUCAACGGUGCCGACAAUCAAAUGUGAGGACACGUCUCCAUCACCGACUGCUGCUGUUGGGACCGACGGGGAAACGGGGCAGUACCUUAGCGUCAACGUGAACUUGAACGCAGCAAUGAUCAACCUCCUAGCAGCAGAGAACGCUGGCAAUGCGACCACACUACGGACGCCAGAGAUCGUCAACGACCUCAUUACCAUGACAAAUCCCCUAGACCAGUAUAAUUAUGACAAGAAUUCGAACUUUAAGAAUAUGUGCGGGAACGACUCCAAUUCUUCCAUGUCCAAUGGCUCUUCAGCUACCUCACCAGCCUCAGCUACUCCGCCGAGUAUACAAAAGACGUGUUCGGAAUUGAUCAAGGCUGGGCUGAAAUUAUCUAUCGAGUCUAAACGCAAGAUGUCUGGAAGCGACACAGACGGUGGCAUCAAGAAGAUGAAGCGGGAAGAAAGCGACGAUGACUACGACAGCAGUAAUACACAGAUGUGUAAGAGCGAGUUAACACCUGAAGACGAGGAGCGCAGGCGUCGACGGAGAGAGAGGAAUAAAAUCGCAGCAACGAAAUGCAGAAUGAAGAAGCGUGAACGAACUGUCAACCUGGUGACCGAGAGUGAAGUGCUGGAAAACCAGAACAUUGACCUCAAGGCGCAACUUAAGGAUUUGGAGGUACAGAAACGACAGCUGAUGGACAUGCUGUCACUCCACUCGGCGUCCUGCGUCAAGAACGGCUCCAAUAGGACAUCUCCAACGAAUUCCUACAACAUGUUGCGAUCGUUCGAAUCGCCGACCACAUUCCCCGUCAACUACGACACACACUCGCCCUACCUCCGACCCGAAUCCGCGAACAUUCUAGCAUCUAGCUACACUUGCGUGACUCCGAUCAACGGAAACUCAUCUAUCGACACCAUAUCUUCCCUGGACGGCGCUUAUAUAACGCCACAAUCUGUAGACAUCGACUACAACCGGCCCGACAGUGUUCUUAGUCUUCCACCAAAUUCUGAAGCGAAUUACAUCACCACAGAUGGUUUCUUGCCCAAAGCCACGACCAUCCUCGGACCGAUGGAGCCAGAAAACGAGUACUAUGACUCCGAGCUCAGCUACGUCUCCGCACAGCAGUGUCAUAGCUACCCAGUCAUGCAAGAGGCGCAGUCCAAACUCAAUAACAACAUGAACGAUGGGUGCCUAGUUUAG